CUGUGUGUUCCUCCCUGGUCUGUGUCAAUGUAAUGGUGUCAUGUCUCUUAGCUGGUCUCAGGUCAGCACCUCCUCUUAUAUAAAUUGCUUCAUGUGAUCCUCCUGCCACUUGUAAUCUGCCUGAGGAUUCGUUUUACCAACAGAGACAAAGACGAGCAGCAUGAAGAACACCGAGGGGAUUUUUCUGCUUUUAUCAUACUUUUUACUCGCAUCAGCCCAAGAGCCGAAGACAUGUUCCACACCCGGGGCGUACCCUCACACCAGACUGGACCCGAGGUACAGCAGCAGACUAAAGUUCAGCCACAAAGAGAAGGUGUAUUAUCGUUGUGAGGAGGACUUCAGUCCGUCCAGAGGAGUCCACAUAGUUCAGUGUGUGGAUGGAACAUGGACUAAGCUGACUCUGAAAUGCGAUAAGAGAUCAUGCGGUAAUGCCGGGGAUCUACCGAAUGGCAUCUUUGUUUAUGAAGAGAGUGCAUUCAUCGGGGAGAAAGUUUAUGCUGUGUGCAACAAGGGUUACACCCUGAAAGGACUCAACUACAUGAUCUGUAAGAGAUCUGGAUGGACUGGUGAAAUCCCGACAUGUGAAGAGGGAGAGCCCAGCUGCUCCUCCCCGGCUGUAGAGAACUCAGUGGGCAACAAUGGAAGUGUCUCCAUGUACCAGCUGGGAGAAAGUCUCAACUUCACCUGCAGUCCUGGUUUUCAGCUAGACGGAGCUCAAAAGAUCACGUGUGGUCCAGGCGGCCAGUGGCAGCCUGCGCCUCCCAGAUGUCUGCCGUCGCCUGAAGAAACUCAGCUACCGGAUAAAGAGGGUGGAUGUGAUGUGCCAAAAGUCAGCAGUAGCUCCAACGCCCACCUGGCUGACAAUUACAUCACAGUGAGGUCUUUCUCCUCUGGUGAUAAAGUGUCUUACAAGUGUGAUGUGGGAUACAUUCCAGCAGGCGGGAGCAGAUAUCGCAGCUGCAGCAAGGGGAAGUGGUCUCCUCUGAGACUCAUAUGUGAACCUCAGCUCUGUGGCUCUGCAGGAGAGAUCCCAAACGGAGAGUUUAAAUACACAGGAGUUGAGUUUGGAGACACUGCGACCGCAAUUUGUGAUGAAGGGUAUAACCUUGUAGGACGAGCAGACAGACACUGCAUGAGUGGAGGCUGGGAUGGACGGGUUCCUGUCUGUGAAGCUAUGACGUGUGAAGCUCCUCCACCAGUGGGAAACGCAUACAUGAUUGGUGAGAUUGAGCAAACAUACGAGUACAGGAGAGUGAUUCGCUUCCAGUGUCGGGCUGGAGCCCUUAUCGGAAAAAGGGAGAUCUGGUGCACGGAGAAGGGGACGUGGAGUGAUCCUCCUCCUAAAUGCAAAGAGAUUACAUGUCCACGUAUAAGAGUGCCCAACGCCUCCUGGACAAGGGCCAUACAGGCGAAAUAUCUGCCACGAGACACUUUAUACAUUGAAUGUAAUCACGGUUACACACAGCGCGGCCCGAAAAGUGUCACUUGUGGUGCUGGUGGCCGAUGGUAUCCUUCCCCACCUCACUGUGAACUCAGAUUACAUCCGAAAUUCCACAGAGGCUAAUGCAGCGGCUGAUAUGUAACUCCACAAUAUUUAAUCUCACCUGACCAGACUGGACGCCGGCAGUCAGUGGAGGACGACAAAAUAUAGAGACAUCUUAUUAAAACAAGCAAUCUCUGGCUUCUGAAAGUAUUUCUACCCGCUUUUUCUAACGCACUCAGUCAUAUUUUCUCAUAAAAAGGUAUAUGAAUUCAUGAUGCAGACAUUAAAAUGUGCCUGAAAUGGA